GAGCAUGGCCCAUGUCAAAACCAUUCCUUUAGAAAUAUCAUUUUUCAUUUUCAUAUAUUUUUUCCCAAUCAUUUGGAAAUAUCAAUAACAAGAAUUUUUCUGUUUUCUUUUGGAGGUGGUGGCUCUCUACGUGCAUGCAUGGCUGUGUUCCGCCCAAUAACGGUGCCAAAACCUAGCCAGUGCUGCUAGUGCUGGUGAUCUGGUAGCGGUGGAUCUAGAGCGGUUCAAUGGGUUCAAUAGAAUCCAUUGCUUCGGCUCAAUUCAUAUGUACAUAAGCCAAAUAAUUAAUGCUUGUGUAAAUAAAUAUACACAUUAUACUCAUUCGGAACCUAAGGAUUAUAAAUCCUAGAUUCGCCUACACAUUACACUCAUUGGAACCUAGCUAGGAUUAUAAAUCCUAGAUUAACCUGAUCAUUUGAAAAGCAUGACAAAGAAUGAUAGCACGGUGGCUGUGGCCAUAGACAGAGACAAGAAGAGCCAACAUGCUGUGCGUUGGGCGGUUGAUAACCUCUCUAGAAAGAAGAACGGACAAAUCCUCCUUAUCCACGUUCAUGUCCACCAUGAAAAUGUCCAGUCCCAUAGCAUGGUUGCUAAUAGUUCUCCCACAAUGGCUGAAAUGCAGCAGUUCUUCCUUCCUUAUCGUGGAGUUUGUGCUCGAAAAGGGAUUCAGGCAAAAGAAGUGAUUCUCCAGGACACUGACGUUGCACAAGCACUAACCGAGUAUAUCACUCAAAAGUCCAUCACCACCAUUGUCCUUGGCGCUUCAACCCGGAAUGCCCUAACAAGAGCAUUUAAAGUUCAAGAUGUGCCUAGCUCUUUAUCCAAAUCUGUGCCUGAAUUCUGCUCAAUCUAUGCCAUAUCAAGGGGAAAAGUUCUAAGACUUAAGUCAGCAAGUCAACCUGCAACUCCUAGCAGUAAAGCAAGCUCCGGCCAAUCAUCUCAAACAGGAUCCUCACAUGAUUCCCCAGUUUCUCAAGCUCUUAUUCCCCAGGGGAGUUGGGGAAGUGUUGGGACCUUUGAGUCUAUUGAUGCUGGCAGCCAUAGCAUAUCUUCUGAUAGCAGCAGUGCCUCGGAUAGGCAUCCUGCAAGCCAGAAUACUUCACCCAACUAUAGCAGUGCCAGUGAGCACACACCAAAGGCAUUGUCCGACAGCCAACCCAGCAGCAGGACUCAUUCACCAGAUCAAUCUGUCAACAAUAUCAGUGAAGUCUUCAAUAAAAUUCAACUAAUGAGGCAGCCUGGCAGCAAGAAUCUUACUCCUAUGCCAUCGCCGGGCGGUAGUGGUGAUUUUGGUGAAGGGGCACCACCAGCAGAGCUUGCUGGAAGUAGUGAAAAUACCUCCCAGGAUACUGUGAAUUCAAAUUUGGAUAUUACUCAAAUACUACAUGAUAAACACCUUGGUAGCCUAAUACCUCCGUCCCAGCACCUAAAUCUUCGUACCAACACUAAAGAGAAUUCAUUCUACUCUACAUCUGGUUCGAGUAAUCUUUCUGGCUCCUCAAAUUACCCGUUCUCUGAUAUGUCCUUUGAGCAUUCGGACUCUUCUCACAGUGUUUCAGAUGCUUCUAGGUGUUCCAUCUCCUCCCAAAAUGCAGAAGAGUUGGAGGAGGAAAUGAAAAGGCUAAAAUUUCAACUGAAGCAAACCCUGAAUAUGUACAAUGAAACUUGUAGACGACAGGCAAGAGAGAUUGAUAAUUUGAAGUCAAAAGAGGCAUGCAACUUAGAAGAAGCCAAGGAGGCUCGAGAGGCUUCAGACGCUAUAUUGGAAAAGGAGAAGCAGAAGUGCAAAGCUGCUUUAGAAGUAGCGCGGAUGGCGCAACACAUAGCAGAAUUGGAAUCUAAGAAGCGAAAGUGUGUGGAAAGGCAAUUUCAGCGUGAAGCAGAAGAGAAGAAGAAAGAACAAGCUGCAUCUGCCCGCAGUGCAAUUUGCUAUAGGAAAUACUCAACUGAUGAAAUUGAAGCUGCAACAAAUUACUUCUCCACUUCAAAGAAGAUUGGUGAAGGUGGAUAUGGUCCUGUGUACAGAGGCUAUCUGGAUCACACUGCAGUAGCUAUUAAAGUUUUAAGGUCAGACAUCACACAGGGGCAAGCACAGUUUCAGCAAGAGAUUGAAGUUCUAAGCCGCUUGAGACAUCCAAAUGUGGUUCUCCUCUUGGGAGCAUGUCCGGAGUACGGUUGCCUUGUCUAUGAAUGUAUGGAGAAUGGUAGCUUAGAGGAUAGGUUGUUCUGCAAGAACAAAAGUCCUCCUAUACCAUGGCCUGCUCGUUUCAGGAUAGCUGCAGAGAUUGCUGCUGCUCUUCACUUCUUUCACCGAACAAAACCAGAACCUAUCGUGCAUCGAGACCUCAAACCUGCUAAUAUUCUCUUAGAUGCUAACUACAGAAGUAUGAUUAGUGAUGUUGGCCUAGCCAGAUUGGUUCCAGCAUCUGUCUUGGAUAGUGUCACUCAGUAUCUCAUGACAUCAGCUGCUGGGACAUUUUGCUAUAUUGACCCAGAAUACCAACAGACUGGGAUGCUGAAUACAAAAUCAGACAUUUAUUCUUUGGGAAUCAUGUUAUUACAAAUAAUUACAGCAAGGCCUCCAAUGGGUUUGACGCACCAUGUUGAGAGGUCAAUUGAAAAAGGAAACUUUGAUGAUAUACUAGAUCCAUCAGUGAACGAUUGGCCCUUGGAGGAGGCUCUAUCCUUUGCUAAAUUGGCUCUGAAAUGUUGUGAACUCAGGAGGAAGGACAGGCCAGACCUUGGUUCAGUCAUAUUGCCUGAAUUGGAACGACUGAAAAACAUUGGAUUGGACUACAGACACAGAGGCCGGUUUACUUUAUGUCCCUCAAGUUCACAAGAAAACUUAGCAGUGAGUGAGGAAAUAAGAAGCAGCAUUUCUGACGGUCAAUCAGAUAAAGCAGCAUAACUGCACAGUUCUACUAGUACCUAUUGACAAGGUGAUAUCCGCUGGUCUCCACCUCAGUAUUCAAGCAUAUUUUGGCCUCUCCUGACCAGCAAGAAUGUGAAUACUAAAUGUACAGAGAUACCAUAUAUAGUCAUCACCACAUCGUCCCGUUGUAAUUUUGGAAACAGGAAAAUACUACUAUACAUUUUGAUACCAUUGGAAUUCUUGUACACAAAACUGAUAUUCUAAUGAAAU